AUGACUGAAACGGCGACAGCUCGAAAAAGAUUAUUUCAUAAAAGUGAUGAACUCAAAUUUUGUAUAGAAUGUGGAAAAGAAAGGUGUAGUUUUGGUUGGUGUAAGGAUUGCGAAACCUCAUAUAUGAUUUCCAAUUUCAAAACUUGGACAAGCUUUAAUGAUCACAUUGACAAGUUAAUUCAACGUACUCAAUUAAAUGCCACUCAAACUUGUGACUACUUGGAAUUUAUUGAUUACAGCCAAUUCGAUAUGAUUAAAUAUGUUUCUAGAGGUGGUUUCUCAACUGUUUAUAAAGCAAAAUGGUUGGAAGGUCCAAGAUGGAAUUGGGAUGAAGAUGAUCAGGGAUGGGAGCGUAGCGGUCCUAUUGAUGUCGCUUUGAAACGUUUAGACAAUUCUCAAAACAUACAUUUGGAUUUUUUGGUACAGAUAGAAGAACAUUGUAAAUGUUUACAAAAUGGCUACCUUGCCGAUUGUUUCGGAAUAACUCGUGAUUCAACCGGUUGUAUUAUGUUUGUAAUGCGUUUUUAUGAUAAUGGAAAUAUAUAUGAAUUUCUUGAUAAAGUAAAAGGUAUAAUAACGUGGAGAGAUAUAAUAGACAUGCUUUGGGGUGUGGCUAGUGGCCUAGAGAAAAUCCACUCCGAAAAACGUUGCCAUUCAAAUCUGCAUGGUGGCAAUUUGUUGAUUGAAGAUGAAUCAAUAUCAACAGAUGCUCGUAUAUCUGAUGUAGGUCUUAACGGCCCUUGCGAUAAACCCCGUUCAAUUUCUCAAUUGUAUGGAGUUCUUCCAUUUAUAGCACCAGAAGUUUUAUGUGGUCAACAACCAAACCAAUCUUCUGAUAUCUAUAGCUUCGGCAUUAUCAUGUGGACUUUGGCAUCUGGACUUCGACCUUGGCAUGAUAGACCACAUGACCUCGAACUUGCAAGACUUAUCUGUCACGAAAAUUUACGUCCAGAGGUUGAUGAGGUUAUUAAAGAUAUUCCAAAUCUGUAUCGUGAAUUAAUGGAAAGAUGUUGGGAUUCAAAUCCCUCAAAUCGGCCGACUGCUUCAGAAUUGAAUAAUUUAUUGGGAAAAUGGAUUAUAUGUAUUUGUGAUGAUCCAAAUACUACUCCCAUUUCGGAAGAGUUUUUCAACGCAGAAGAGAAAAGGUGGGAUUUAAUUGGAAAACAAUUAAAUACCAAUAAUUUUCCUAAAGUGGUCAUCCAUCCUGAAGCUGUGUACACAAGUGUAGACACUUCUUAG